AUGGAAACAAAAAACCACACAGAAGUAUCAAAAUUUCUCCACUUGGGUCUCUCAGAAGAUCCCACACUGCAGCCCCUUCUCUUCGGGCUGUUCCUGUCCAUGUACCUGGUCACGAUGCUCGGGAACCUGCUCAUCACCCUGCUCAUCGUCUCCGACGCCCACCUCCACACCCCCAUGUACUUCUUCCUCUCCAACCUGUCUUUGGUUGACAUCUGUUUUAUCUCCACCACCAUCCCAAAGAUGCUGGUGAACAUCGACACACACAGCAAAGACAUCUCCUACGUGGGAUGCCUCACGCAGGUGUAUUUUUUUACGGUUUUUGUUGGACUGGAUAAUUUCCUCCUGACCGUGAUGGCCUAUGACCGGUUCGUGGCCAUCUGCCACCCCCUGCACUACACGGUCCUCAUGAACCCCCGCCUCUGUGCCCUGCUGGUUCUGAUGUCCUGGUUGGUCAUGUCCUUGGUUGUCCUGUUUCAUGUCCUACUGAUAAUGAGGCUGACCUUCCCCAGGGCCACAGAAAUCCCACAUUUCUUCUGUGAGCUGGCUCAGGUUCUCAAGGUGGCCUGCUCGGAUACCCUCAUCGAUAACAUCUGCUUGUACGUGUCGACUGUGUUGCUGGGUGUGUUUCCCGUCUCAGGGAUCCUCUUCUCCUACUCGAAAAUUGUCUCCUCCUUAAUGAGGAUGUCCUCCACUGCAGGCAAGAACAAAGCAUUUUCCACCUGUGGGUCUCACCUCUGUGUGGUUUCCUUGUUCUAUGGAACAGGACUUGGGGUCUACCUCAGUUCUGCUGUGACCCCUUCUUCCCAGAGCAGCACCAUGGCCUCGGUGAUGUACACGGUGGUCACCCCCAUGCUGAACCCCUUCAUCUACAGCCUGAGGAACAAGGACGUGAAGGCGGCCCUGGGAAGACUGCUCAGCCCGGCAGCCUCUUGCCUCUGA